AUGAGAACGCCAAAGGAAAAUGCACAGAGGCUUUUCACUAAAGGAACAGAAUACAUGUACUUGGACGCCAAUGCCGAGCAACGGACUGUUGAUUUUAUCGUUGGGGUUAUUGCUUGGGAAAUAACAGGUUUCUGGGGCACAUUCUGGCACCAGUACUUUCGCAGGGCUCUCACAACCAUCAGUAGUUCCAUCUGUCGAUACUCUCUGCGGCUUCCACAGCCGUCUCGAACGUUACCUGAACCUCGCUCGUUCUUGGGAUCAGCUAUUGUGCACGUAGCUGUUGAUUGGUUUUCUUUACCGUCGUCUUCAAAACCACCUGUACUGGCACUUGCUUUCUUCGGCUCCUUUAUUGUCGGCAUUGUUAUUGAAGACACGAUCCAAGAUCUAUGGCGCCGCAUCACCAUUGCCACAGAACACGACGGAGAUGAUGGAGUUUCUCUAUGGUACAAGCUUUUAGGCUACAUUUGGGUAGCGUUAUGGUUCAUGAUGGUAUCGCCCUGGUAUUUGUUACCACAACAGUCGACUGCCCCCGGACGAUACAUGGUUUGUACCGGUGAGCUUUGUGAACACCAUUGGCGUCGACACAGCCAAGAUGUUGCUGCUCACCAGUGGGGUGAUCUUGAGGGUUGCAGUCGGCAUUGA